AAUCUCUACAGGGUACCCCUCUCUGGCAUGUCCUCUGUCCUGACUCGGAACCCUCGAAGACGGCCUCUCUGAAGACCCCUGAAUACAGGCCCUCUGGGGACAAACACCAACAGUUUACUCCCCACGAAGGAAGAGGCGAGAGAUCCUUGUGUCCUCGAGUGAUCAAGCUCCAGCCCCUCGGAUUCACAACCUGAAGAGAUGCAGCUCUCACCAGAGUUCAGUGGUCAGAUCGUGAAAGUGAAAUCGGAACCACCCGAUUUUGCCUGCCUGCCAGAAGAGGGCCAGGUACAGCAACAGCAGUGCAACGAGCUUCCACCAGGAGGUGAUGCUGAUGGAGUGACAUCUGGUACGUGUCACAUUAAAGAAGAACGUCGAGAGGAAUCUUCCAAUGAACAUCCAAUCAUAGAAGUGAAGACAGAGCCUUACAAUGUUGCAAUCAUAACAGAGCUGGACCAGAUGGGACGCAACUGUGAUUCAAUACCUGAAGACGCAAGAGGGAACACUGAUACGCUCCAUAUUAAGGACAAGCCUAAAGGCACUUGUGAUCAAGAAUACUCUAGUUGCGCUUCUUCAGGUGCACAGUUCAACACAACAGCAGUUGAACUGCAGCCCGACGGCACUGCACUAUUCACUAUGAAUGACCAACCCGCUGAGCGACAUCGAGACCAGAGCAAGCCACGUGCACUCGCAUGCAUGUCGAAUAGCAGCCUCGAAUGCCACAUGUUUGCAGAGUGUCACAAUGAGUCUGAAAAGUGUUCCACUCCUCCUCCGACGGAUAUACAGAUGGGAGAGAAGGGUUCUGGGUGCAACAUCUAUCCCUCUGCAUUCUCGUGGUCACGAAGUGACGACAACCAUGUGGCGAAGCAUACUGAGAAGAGGCCAUACAAGUGCGAUGUCUGCCCUGCGGAGUUCAGUCAGGGCGGGCACCUACGGCGGCACAAGCGAGCACACACGGGAGAGAAGCCAUACAAGUGCGAUGUCUGCCCUGCAGAGUUCAGUCAGGGCGGGCACCUACGGCAGCACAAGCGAGCACACACGGGAGAAAAGCCACACAAGUGCGAUGUCUGCCCUGCGGAAUUCAGUCAGGGCGCGAACCUACGGCAGCACAAGCGAGCACACACGGGAGAGAAGCCAUACAAGUGCGAUGUCUGCUCUGCGGAGUUCAGUUGGGGCGGAAACCUACGGCAGCACAAGCGAGCACACACGGGAGAGAAGCCAUACAAGUGCGAUGUCUGCCCUGCGGAGUUCAGUCAUAGCGGGAACCUACGGCGGCACAAGCGAGCACACACGGGAGAGAAGCCAUACAAGUGCGAUGUCUGCCCUGCGGAGUUCAGUCAGGGCGGGCACCUACGGCAGCACAAGCGAGCACACACUGAAGAGAAGCCAUACAAGUGUGAUGUCUGCCCUGCGGAGUUCAGUUGGGGCGGAAACCUACGGCGGCAUAAGAGAGCACACACGGGCGAGAAGCCAUACAAGUGCCACCUCUGCCACGCAGAGUUCAGCCGCAGCGGGCCCCUACAGCAGCACAAGCGGGCACACACGGGGGAGAAGCCAUACAAGUGUGACGUUUGCCACGCAAAGUUUAGUUACAACGGGAAUCUACAGCAGCACAAGCGGACACACACGGCUGAGCAGCCAUAAAAUUGCAACCUCUGUCCUGCAGUGUUCAUCCACAACCCAAACUUGCGGUGUGAAACAUGUGCAGUCCCUGUCGUGUAGAAUAUCACAAGCAGACAGCCUGCAGUGAGAAACCACAAAGGAGCGUUCUCUGUUCUGCAAAGCUGAGCCACAGCACAAACCUGCAGUGAAACAAGAAGACCUACAUGGGUGUGAAGCCAUACAAGUGCAACCUCUGUGCUGCAGAGCACGAACGCACAAAGUUAGAGAAGCCGCUGCUAGAGCUAGUUCAGCCAGAGCAUGAUCUGUGACCUAACAUGACGCCACGACACACUUGGGAUGGUGACCAUACAAGUGCUUAGAGGCCGCGUACACUUUAAAGUGCACCAGUCCUGGGCUGUCGCAUGUCCUUGAUGCAGACAUCUGAAGGAGCACAUGCUAAUGCACAGAUAGGCGAACGCUAUUCCGAUGCGAUCUGUAUUCCGCCGUAUUUUACUUGUUUUUCACAUUUAUGAAACUCUCACUCACGAACAGGCAGAGGGUAAAAAGAGGUGGUGACACAUGUGAAACGUAAACAAACAACCAACGAAGGGACAGCCAUACAAUGGCUCUGAACUGCUAACCAGUGUUUACUUCCAUGAAAAACAUGCAUUGCAUUGCUUCCGUUUUGCCUCUGUGUUCCUUUCUGUGUCUUUAUUCCUUUCCUCUGUUUAUGAUGAAUGCUUCGUUUACGCCCUGCAUCUCCUCACCUGAUGACAUAAACGAAUAAGUCAACCCAAAGAAAUAAAAGAAUAUUUCUACAAGA